GACAAAUUUUCGUUUUUUGUUGUUAGAAUAGAUUUUUCUCUUUGAUUCUUUCAAGAAUACAACAAAUCAAAACAAAAAAUGAAGUCAUUAUUGAUGUGGCCAUCCAUACAAUUGAUCAUUGUUUUGAUCAUCAUCAUCAUCAUUGAAAUUGUUGAAUCACAAUUAAUGACCUGUCCACAGGUUUGUUCAUGUAUAUGGCGUAAUGGUAAACAAACGACAAUAUGUGAAAAUCAAAAUCUUAUAUCGAUACCGAAUCAAAUAUCACCAUCAACACAGGUUUUAGAUUUGAAUCAAAAUAAUUUUCAAAUAUUACCAUCGAAAGCAUUUCAAGAACGUGGUUUGAUUAAUUUACAAAAAUUAUUUAUACCAAAAUGUAAACUUGGUGCCAUUGCUGAUGAUGCAUUCUAUCAAUUAACGAAUCUAGUUGAAUUGGAUCUUUCUGAUAAUCUUCUUACACAUGUACCAGUGAAAGCGUUGGCCAAUGCAACAAAUCUUCGACGACUAUUAUUGAACAAUAAUCAUAUUGCAACCAUCACUUCGGAAUCAUUUGCUGCAUUAAAUAGUCUAAAAUUUCUUAAUCUUUCUGGCUGUAAAACACAUACAAUUGAAGCAAGAGCUUUUUAUGGUCUACGUGAUCUUGAAUAUCUUUAUCUUCAUGAUAAUCAAUUAACAACAUUACCAUAUGCAGUGGUUGCUGAUUUACCUGCAUUAUAUAGUUUUGAAUUAUAUCGUAAUCCAUGGCAAUGUAAUUGUGAAAUGCGUCCAACACGUGAAUGGAUGAUUAGAAAUAAUGUUGGCCAAUCAAUACCAGCUACAUGUGAUCUACCUAUAAGACUUUCUGGUCUUAUGUGGAAUUCAUUGGAUCUAGAUGAUUUUGCUUGUGAACCGGAUAUCAUUACAACAACGGUUGAAGUAGCCAAAGUUGUUGGUAGUAAUGCAACACUUUCAUGUACUGUUAAAGGUAUUCCUGAACCAAAAGUUUUCUGGUAUAUGGAUCAUGGUUAUUAUAAUAUAUCAUCACAACGAUCACAUAAAUAUCAUCUAUCGGAAGAAAGAACUGAAGGUACCGUUAAUUCAUUAUUAACAAUCAUCGGUUUGGAUAUGAAUGAUGAUGGUACAUCUUUUAUUUGUUCGGCUGAAAAUCGUGCUGGUAUCAAAAGUAAAAAUUUCACUGUUUAUGUUGUACCAUCCGGUACAUUUGGUGUACCAUCCAAUUGGUCUAAAGUUGAAUUAGCUGGUGGUGUUCUUGGUCUUUUGAUCACAUUGGUAUUGGCUUUUGUUGUCAUUACAUUGAUAUUGAUACGUUCGAAACGAUUUUCAUUUUAUGGUAAUUCUACUAAAUCCGAUAAUAAUGGUGGUUCUGGUAAUAAUGAUUCAUUAGAAAAGAAAAAUUCAUUGAAUAAAAUAUUUGGACAAAAUGGUGCCGCUAUUUAUCCUUCAUCUAUAAAUGGAACAUUAUCCACAACAACAUAUACCAAUGGUACAACAAUGCAACAACAUGCACUUUCAAUGCUUGGUCUAGAUGGUAUUGAUAAAAAACCGGAAAUAUUUCUUAAACCGGAUCUAUUAGUACCGGGUAAUUUUAUGGAUAAUACAAAAUCAAAUUCACAAAUAAUGAUUAUGCCUACUACUACAUCGCAAACAACUGCCACUGGUUAUGAAUUGAAUCAUUUUGGUUUCAAUAACAACAACAACAACAACAACAACAAUAUUGGCCAACAGCCAGGUCAUCAUUUAACAUUUUCCAAUGAUGUUCUUAAUGGUGGUGGUGCUUCACAUCAGGAUACAUUGUUUGUUACACAGGAUUCUGGAUAUAUGACAAAUCCUGAUCAUCAUCAUCAACAACAACAGCAACAGAUGUCUGGAUUAUAUCGUGCCGUUAUGGUUAAUCCAACAACAGUCAUUACUAAUGGUGGUAGUGGUUGUGGAUCAACAGCAACAAUGACUUUAUCAUCAUCAACAACAACAACUACAGCACCACAAACCAAUUCAAGUACAAUGACAUACAAUACAUCGGCAACAUCACCAAUGAAUGGAAAUAUUUUCAAUGGUGGAAAUAAUAGUUCAACACCACCAUCAUUUAUGUUAUCAUCAGCACCAAAUUUAUUGUAUACAAAUCAAUAUUUUAGUCAAUUUGAUCUGAAUAAUCAACAACAACAACAACAACAGAAUCAUCAUCGUUUAGCAACACCACCGAAUCAUCAAUUCUUUACACAUCAUCCACAUCCACAUCCACAACAACAGCAAUUUAUAUCAAAUACAAAUAAUAGACAAAUUUCAUCAAAUCCAUCACCAUCACCAUUAUUAAUAUCAACAUCAUAUGGCAAUCCAGCAUUUAUUUCGGAUUCAGCUGCAUCAAUAAAUGGUUUUGUUUGUAUGGAUGAUAAUAAUGGCAAUGGAACAACCACAACAACAAUGAUGUAUAAUGAUAUUAAUGGUGAUGAUGAUGAAGUUUUUCGUACCAAUAUUAUUAAUCCAUCAAUAUCGAUAUUGGAACCAUUACCAUUACAAUUUCAACAAUUACCAAGACAAUCAACAACAUUAUUAACAAGUACAAGUAGACCAAAUUUAUUAACAAUGGAAGAAUCAUUAUAUGGUAUAAGACAUACACCUAUUAAUCCAAUACAACAACAACAACAACCAUCAUCAUCAUCAUCAUCAUUUAUAACAAUGGCACCAAUGCAAAUGGCACCACCAGCACCAAAUCAUCAUCAACAGCAGCAACAAUCAAUUUAUGGUGUAACAACAGUUGGUAAAUCUCGAUGGCAAACAAUGACACCAAAUUAUCCAUUUCGGCAACAACAACAACAACAACCACAAUUAUCAUCACAAAUGACAGCAACAACAUCAUUAUCAAAUAUUCGUUAUAGUCCUGAUGAAGGUUAUGGUGAAGAAUCAAGUACCGGUGGUAGUGCUGGUGUACAACAUUCAACAGUUGGACAGCUACAAGGUACUGAAGUUUGAAAAAUGAAGAGAACAAAAAAUUUGUCCAUCUAAUUCUUCAGAAUUGAAUCUUAGUCAAAAAAAAAAAAACAAAAAUUGCUGGUCAAAAAUUUAAAUUAUUUUCAUCGUGUACAUAUAUACAACCACACGAUACAUUGUACCAUACAUAACAUAUAUUCAUUUCAUUGUAUAAAAAGUACAAGUUCAUUAACAAAUUCACACAUACACAAACAUAUUUACAUAUUGAUAUGUGGUACCAAUCAAUCAAUCAAUAUCGAUUGGGUUAAUUUUUUUUUUUGUUGUUGUAAAUACAUUCAUUCAUUCAUUCAUUU